GGACAAACCAAUUGUCGAGACCAAAACUGUGGCAAACCCGUUCUACAAAUACACUGCGCCCAAGGUGAUGGGUAAACUGGACCGUCCAUAUAAGAUCCAGACGGAGACACGCACAAAAAAGGACGAAAACGGAAACUCAACAUCAUGGACCAUUCCUUGGGACAAAUGCAUCUCAACUACCAAGUAUGGCCUUCUAGAGGGUUAUCACGUUGACAAAUUUGCAGAUGAAGACGCCGGUAACCCCAAAGACAACGUGUGGUUUGUGGUGGUCGACAGUCUGGGGCAGCAAGUGAAUCUCGAACAACUUGGCUCCCCGAUUGAGGUGACGCUGCACCGUGCUGAGAAGGCAACCUUCUUGCAUGAGGUCGAUGAUAACAGCUCGACAGACUAUUAGAAGAUAGGAGAUGGCAAGCAAGUCGUCUAUGGUGUGGCUACAACCU